GCGCGUUACCAAGGCAACCCACUUUCUCCACACACACACACACACGAAUUCACGUCACUUUCACCAACUUCCUCUCCCAUUUCCAUAGUAAUAUAAAAUGAAAAUAUUAAUAUUUCUACUUUUUGCAACCCCCCCACUGACCUCCUCCCAGAAUAACACCUCCCCAACGACCACACCCCCUCCACCACCUCACCCACCCCCACCACCUGCAUCCUACCCCCACUCUUACCUAAACCCGCACCCCCCACUCUUCGAACCUCAGUUGGAAACUAAUUUAACGGCCCAGGUCGGAUCCACAGUGUUUUUGGCCUGUCGGGUCAAGAAUUUGGGGAACAAGUCGGUAACCUGGCUCCGCUCACGCGACGCCCACAUCCUGACCGUGGACCGAUUUUUGUUCAUUUCCGACUCCCGAUUUACGCUGCAUCAUCCGACCCCCAGCAGUUUCACCUUGGCCAUCCGGCACGUGCAGCCGAGGGACACGGGUCGCUACGAGUGCCAGGUGACGACGAGCCCGAAAUCCAGUUUGCUCUUUGAGCUGGACGUCGUGACGCCGCAAACCCGGAUCCUGGGCGAGCCCGACGUGUUCGUCCUCGGGGGCUCCCUGCUCAGUUUAAAAUGCGUGAUUUACGAUGCUCUGGAGGAGCCCGAGUACGUUUUCUGGUUUCACGAUGGGGCCCGGGUGAUCUCCUUUUCUCAAAAUUCCUACACUACCCAAACGGUGGAGCGGUUGAGUCCGGACACGACGCUGGCUACUCUGACGGUGAAGGAAAUGGGGAGGGAGGAUGGGGGAAUUACUCGUGUGCGCCGAGGAACUUGGAGGUUGCGAGUGUCACGGUGCAUGUCAUGGGGGAUGAGCACCCCGCGGCGAUGCAGCAGAAGGAGACCACGUCGUCAACAGGGAAGAAUAAGGUGGUGGGUGGGGGUGGGGCGGUUAAGUUCGAGGUGAUGUGGGGGUGGGUGGGGUUGGUGAUGGGAGGGAUGUUGGUGCUUUAUAUGUAAAUUAGUUGAGAGAAAGUUAUUUUAAGAAUAAAAAUAAAAGAGUUUGGAGUGGA